AAAGAAGGCUAUGCGCAUGCCAGAUAGAGAAGCCAAUCAAUGCCAAGAACAGUUUUUGUCAACUCUUUUUUGUGAAUUUAUCUAGAAUGGCCACACCAUCGAUAUCUCCGGUGCUUGAUGAUCAGGACCAGAACCAAACAUCACAGGCUAGCUCUACCAUCCCAAGUGAGACUCAGACUCUGAGUCAGAGUGAAGAGGAUAAAGUCGAAAAUGUUGUUCGCCUGUCUGAGCACGAGUUUCUCCUAUCAGAUCUCUGGAAAUACGAGAAAGCAUCAGAGGGUCUAAAGUGGGAGACGUGGCUAAAAGAAAACUAUGAUGAUCUGGUGGAUGAUAAUCCCCUCAAUGUGAGGUACACGUAUCAAGACUCAAUUGACAAACUUGAUAAGAAAUUCCGAGGAACUGCAACUCAUGGCCUAGCUAGGAGCAGUACAUCUUUCACUUUUGAAAGAAUGCAGAAAAUGAUUUCUAAGAUGCCUCCCGAACAACUUGUUAAAACGGAUAAGGAUGAAGAUUUGCCAGUUCAUAGUGCUAUUCAGAGUGGGAUUAGAGUCAAUCAAAACAAGAUAGGUCUUUUCGUCAAGGGAGAUUCUCAGCAAAUUAGUUAUAUUCUGCGUGCAAAAAACGGUAAUGGAAAAACUCCCAUCGAAUUAGCUUUCGAAAUGCAACACCGUGCAGCAGUCAAGCUACUGUUUAACCUGUGUGUUCAGCACAAUGUUCUAUCCAAUCUGACAGGAAUCAAGUUUAAUCUGGGUGACCGAAGUAACACUCUUCUCCACAUUGCUUGUAGAGAGGGUAUGUGGUCAUGGUUCCUUGACAUCGUUAUUGACGCAUGUAAACAAGUUCAACACGAUAUCCUUCCUGCUAUGCAAGUUCUGGAUAAAGAGGAUCACACACCUUUUCACUAUCUCAUGAACUGUAUUCCAUAUGAUCGUAACGAGUUGGAUACGUUUAGAGUAGUGCUAGAUUUAAUGGAAAAAAAUGGAGUUGACAUUAAUAAAAUAUACACCGAUUCGAACGAAAGGACAAUGCUUCAUAAAGCCCAACGCAGCAACAACACACAUGCAGUAUCUUUGCUAGUACAUGGCUAUAAACACAGAGAUUUUCCUGACACGCAAGGGAUUAAACCGUCUCAGAGAGACCACCACAUCGAGGUAAGUGGUGUCUUCUCUCCACAAUCGUAUUCCAGAGACGGCACUCCCUUCCCUGGUCCUGAUCAAGUGUCCGAACAUCAGCCGGUGGUGAGUAGUGAUGAGACAACUUAAUUUGUUUAUUAUCUCCAUCAAACACAUUUGACUUUGUGCAUGAACAAGAAUGCAGCCUUGUAAAUAAUUUUUUGUAGUACACGUUAUGCAACUUGAACUGCAUGCAAAAAAUCUUGUCUGCUUAUGUGAUAUUGUUGUGAUAUUGUUGUGAUAAUUA